AUGAGUGUAUCCAAAAAACAAGUUGUGUCUGCGGAACAGAAUCGUGGUGAUGUUCCAGAAACUUAUCGUGUGGGCGUGCGGAUACCCCCAUUUUACGCCGAGAAACCCUCACUUUGGUUCUCCCAGAUGGAAGCACAGUUUGCUUUAGCAAACAUCAAGACGGACGAGACAAAGUUUUACUACGUCACAGGCAACCUGGAUCCACAAUUUGCAAGCGAGGUCGAAGAUAUAAUUUGCUACCCACCCACGGAAGAAAAAUAUGAAAAAUUGAAAACUGAACUCAUAAAGAGGCUGUCAGCAUCACGUGAGAAAAAGGUGAAGCAGCUUCUUAUGCAUGAAGAGCUUGGGGACAGAAAACCGUCGCAGUUCUACCGCCACCUCCUUAAUUUGGCUGGACCUGGGGUUCCGGAGGAGUUUCUGCGCACAAUUUGGACAAGUCGCCUGCCCAACAGUACGCAAGCCAUCAUCGCGUCACAGACCAAGGCCGAUAUGGAUGAACUUACGGAACUAGCCGACAGAGUUCACGACGUAGUCGGCUCGCAAAUUGCAUCGACAUCCGUCGUCACAGCAUCAUCGGGGACUUCUAGUGACGGUAUGGCCCUCCAGAUUGCCGCGCUGACCAGGCAGGUGGAAAAGCUAACUGGAAGAAUGGAACGAAUGUCUCGACCCAGGCGACGCUUCGACAGCCGUACGCGUAAUCGUUCGAGCUCCACAAGAUCACAAUCCAAUUACCGACGGUACCCUCUAUGUUGGUACCACCACAAAUUCGGGGAGGAAGCUAAAAAAUGCAUCAGACCAUGUGACCAUCACACAGCGGGAAAUGCAAGGGGCAAUCAAUAA